GUUUGCAAGACCUCAUGCCUCGCACCUUCCUCGCUUCUAAUGUUCUCCUGCACACUUGUGAUGGUUUUAUCCUCGGUGCAAUCGCCGCCAAGUGGCGCUCCGCGACUCACUCACUUCACCUACCUUAGCACAUGAGGUGUACCAACUCUAACUUUGGCUCUGAUUCAGAGUUAAGAUUAGACUCGCGUCUUCACUCAAGCGCUCAGGGUUGACCAACCCUACAGCUUCUAUACCACCGACUGCGUCUAUCAUGUCUCAGACUACCUCUAGAAAAGGAAAGGGUAAGGGCGCUCCUCGGGAGAAAAGGGUCCAGCGCAGUCAAUGGGCAAAACCACAGUGCAUGCCCAAGACCCAGUCCAAGGCCCUAACCGAUGCUACCAAUGCUGCACUUGUCGUUAAGCAGAGGUACUCUGUGCGUAUGAGAGCUGCCCAGCAGCAACAGCAAACACCCGAAGUCUACAGUAACUAUGUGUCCGUGCAGCGGCUCAUGCGAGAAGGGCUCCAUCCCAAGGUCACGACACUCUCCUUCGAAGCAUACGUGGCUCGAUGUGACAUUGCCCAGGUCUCGCUCGCAAAGGCUUGCUGGGAAGGCGACGUCCUCAGGGCCUGUCUGCCAAAACGCCACGUUUUCUCAGCGCCUUUGAUCAUGAGUCGAACCUUCAUCGAGGCUAAAAUUGCCGAUCUAAUGAAACCAUCCACACACAAGUUGCUCGUGCUCCUGUCGGACGAGAACAUUGGCCCGGACAUGUUGGAGGCGGGUUUUGCUAACAGUCUGAUACGACUACACAACCUCGCAGUUAGUUCCAUGGCCACAUGGAUUGCAUUAACCAGAAACCUUCGCGUUCACAAUUUCUUGUCUGGGGCAUACGACAGGCCAGGCCGCAGUGGAAUCUUGGUCGUUGUUUGUCCGGAAUACACCAACGAACGCAUGCUCCAAGGCUGGUCUGCAGACCCAGCAUACCCGCACGUCGAAGAGUUCGAGGGAAAUAAAUGGUGGGAAGAUGCCAUUGAGUCGAGAUGCAGCCUGACCGACGAAAUACAUCAUUGCGUUCGGGAGGCCGUGAACUUCCCGAAAUACAAGGCCUUCAAGCGAAAUCGAGUCGCGGGAUGGGUCGACGACGUGACGAGCGACGUUCUUCGUGCUAUUGCCAGCGAGAGGAAACUGCACCCUAAUGGAGCACAACGACCUUUCUUUUCUCAGCCUGAGCGCCCAUUCGAUUUCACCCACAUGUUCUUGGGUCGCCAAAUGAAGAACCUCCUGAGCCAUAUCUUCGACAAGAGGCGAAUACUAAAGGCGCUGCAUUUCGACGGAGUACCUCUCCUUGACCGUCGGCUACUCGCAGUCAUUGUCCGGAGCUGCCCCAAUGUUACGUCCCUGGGGAUAUACAACUGUCCACUGCUCCAUUUUGGCGACUUGGUCAGCAUCCUCGAUCUGAUCUGGGAGGUCAAUCAAACACGCCUUGCUGCUCAGCAGAUCACGAGCCUGGACUUUUUCCCAGCGUUCUGGCGCGGGACUCAAUUUCCAUCAGACAGUCGAUGCCCCUAUACCGACGUAACAAGGCCCUCUUCAGCGGUGUAUGGCGUGUCGUGGGACAGAUUGCCCUUCGACCUCACACAUCAUGGAUUCAAUCUCAUCCUGCUUCAGGCUUUCUUCAAAGCCUCGGAGAUGGGGAUCGAGACCUUGUUUGACGAGGACUGCGGCUUGCGUCGCUUUUUGACCAUGGUCCCUCGGCCAUUCCUCGACAUCCCCUACCUCCUGGACGCAAUGUAUCGAAUGACGGAGGCCACACUGGGCCCUGAGGGCGACCGAGUGCGGAAAAAGGCCACCUUUGAUAUCAUCAAGGCGCAGACUAUGCGGUUUCCCGAGCCCAAGUACGAGGAGCAUGACUUCUUCGAUGUAGGUAUGGAUAAGCAAGCGAUGUUCUUCUGUCGGUCUUGCGGGUACAAGUCACUCGAAGGAUUUUGGCCCGCCAAGAAUGUCGACGCUGGAGUCGCCUAUCGGACCUGCUGUGGGUGUCAUUUGCGAGCCACUCUAGAUCGGGAGACGCAUCACCUACUGGCACGAAAGCAACACUGCCUCGACAUACUCUUUCCCGAACAUCAGGAGAUGGCUUUCAAUGAUGACGCUCCUUUGCAUCCAUCGGCCCGUCGCUUGAUGCACCUGAAGAGUAUACACGCAACAGCUGGUCCAGGCCAUCUGGAGCGAGACCAGGUGCGAGGACUGAAGAUCGUGAAAGACUCUCUCCAGGGACUUCCGAGCCUCGAGGAGCUUCUUCAGCGUGUGGACAUAUGGAAGGAUUUUGAUUUGCGUCUACAUCGGCUUGAUUCGUUCCGCAUGGCGACCCACGAUUUGGUGGCGCUCAACGAAACAGCGCCCACGAAGCGGACCAAGAAGCUUUGCGCGGAACAUUGUCCUCGCGGCAAGCCGGAUCAUGCAGAGGAGCUGCAGAUCCCCAGUGAACAUGGUGCUGACGACUUACACUCAGCGCGCGGCGAGUUUGCGAGGCAGAUUAAACAUCAGCUUCACCCCGGCGAAGCGUAUGACUACUUCCAGAAGGACAAGUGGGAUGACUGGGAGGAAAGAAACUAUCCCGGCCCCAAGUCCACCUUCUGGUGAAUGUACAAGUACUUUGAGUGUAAAAUAAGGUUAGUAGAGAAGAGAAACGGAACAAGACAGCGGCGUCGACGAGAGGAGGGCCAGUCGUUGGCCGAAGACACCAAUGCGGGUUGACGUUUGGCGGUACAGUACUGGCUUUCCAAAGAUCAACAACUAUGCAUAGCAAUAGCAUUCAUUAAUAGUAUCUCUGCAAACAUUUCAAUGAGCGAAAGUUUCUGCGCUGUGCUCUAGAUGGGACAAC